AUGGCUGGCAAGGCAACAUACAAGCCGGAAGAGAUUUACUGGAUCCUUCGCAAAGUCUUCCAGUUUCGCGUUUCCGAUAAUGACUUGAUCAUGACCCAAUUUCAAACAGAAUUUGGCCGAGAGCUUUUAAAAACACAGUUGCGGUACGUCAAGCAAGCGUACGGUGACAGUCCUGACUACAAUUGCCCAAGGAGUACAAAGUACCCGAUGCUCCCGAAGCACGAGAACCUCUGGAACCUCCAGAAGCGCCGCGUCAGCAAAAAGCGAGGCGUGCGAAGAGAGUCAGUCAAGUCCGUCUAUGAUGAGUUCGUGAUGAAUGCCAAAGGACCGCUAGAUCCUCGGCCAGAAGAAGCUGACCCAUCUCACGAGAGGAUGGACAUGAGCGACUACUCUGAGCGAGAAGCGGAUAGCGGCAGCAGCCAAAUGUCUGAGGCACUGAACCGCACUACUCCACGGUAA